AUGCCCAUUGUCUUGUCCCGCCCAGUGACCGGGAAGUCCACGGCGAGCAUCAACAUAUCCACAGCCAAGACGCUGCAAGAUGUGGCGGUCGUGUUGAUCGACCUGCAUGGGCGGCUGGUCAGGAAGAACAAGUUGAAGCCCAGGGCGGUUGCGGAGCAGCUCGAGAGUCAGCUGUCUGUUUUUCGCAAGGCCUGCCGGCAGUUGCAGCGGUCAAUGUCUCAGUACCCGAUCCUAGCUUGCGAAAUCGGGUGA